GUUGUCCUUUCAGCAGUUUUGGUUAGACCCUUUGUGCCUCAACUCGAAAAUAGAACCAGUCCAGAAUUUAAGGCACUUGCGGCAGACGUGGUGUUAGUGUAUGAAGUCAUCUAUAGAGCUCGAUAUGGUUUACUUUUCAGUCGUGUAAUUGUCAUAGCAUUUAGACAAGCUGGACCAGAACACGGACAGAUCCUAGUACUGAAGCAGAAGUGGAGGUUGUGUUUAACAACACGAUAACACCUGCAGAAAUCCCAGAGGCUAAAGAUGUUCAACAAACCUUAGUCACAGCGGUGUCUAAUCCCAACAACACUUUCAAUCUCACUUUUGAUAAAGCAUCUGUCGUAGCAACCCAAGUAAACAUUUUUACAAAGCUGUUGCAGUUCACAUCUGUUGGAGAGACAUUUACAGCUGACUUGCUGAACUCAUCAUCUCAAGCAUUUAUAAAUAGAGCAUCACUGAUAGUGACAACACUUGAACCUAUCUACAAUAAAACAUUUUCUUCAUACCUCUCAAUGAACGUGGCUGGAUUCCGAAAUGGAUCCAUCAUCAGUAACAUUGACAUUCGGUUUGCAUCUACAUCAGCGCCAAAUAACACUGACAUUGCAAAUGUUUUGAUCAAUGCAGCUCCAAACAUAACAGCUUUCACCAUUACCAAUGUUGUUGUCAGUGACCCAGUGGCUUCAAUUACAACUGCGAGCACUACAACACCAGUGAUGACUGCAGCUACAAAUGCAACCACAGCAAAUAUUACAAACAUCACACCAGGAACAAAUACAACUACGUUGCUUACAACAGCUUCAACUACAACUGCGAAUACUACAGCACCAAUGAUGACUACACCUACAAAUGCAACCACAGCAAAUCUUACAAACACCACACAUUCAACACAUACAACUACAGUGUCUACAGCAGCUUCAACUACACCUGUGAACACUACAACACCAAUGAUCACUACCCCUACAAACUCAACCACAGCAAAUCUUACAAACACCACACCUGUAACAAAUACAACUACAGUGUCUACAACAGCUUCAACUACAGCUGUGAACGCAACUGCGAGCACUACAGCAUCAAAUGCAACCACAGCAAAUCUUACAAACAUCACACCAGGAACAAAUACAACUACAGUGUCUACAACAACUGGUUCAGCUGUGGCAACAACAACAACAUCAUCAACAACAGCACCAACGACAACAACAACAGCAGCAGUAGUGGCAGUAGUUCGCACACCAAUUGUUGUUGUUGCAGCAGUUUUGCUUCAACCCUUUGUGCCUGAACUCCAAGAUAAAAACAGUCCAGAAUUUAAGGCACUUGAGAAGCAAGUGGUAGUAGUGUAUGAAAUCAUCUAUAGACGUGAAUAUGGUUCACUUUUCAGCCGUGUAAUUGUCAUAGCAUUCAGAAAAGCUGGGACGAGAACACGAGCAUCUACUACUGGAAAUAAUAUUGAAGCAGAAGUGCAGGUUGUGUUUAACAGCACAAUAACACCUGCACAAAUCCCAGAGGCUAAAGAUGUUCAACAAACCUUAGUCAAUGCGGUGUCUAACCCCAACAACACUUUCAACCUCAGUAUUGAUAACACAUCCGUCAUAGCAACCCAAGUAAACAUUUUUACAAAGCUGUUGCAGUUCACAUCUGUUGGAGAGACAUUUACAGCUGACUUGCUGAACUCAUCAUCUCCAGCAUUUAGAAAUAGAUCAUCACUGAUAGUGACAACACUUGAACCUAUCUACAAUAAAACAUUUUCUUCAUACCUCUCAAUGAACGUGGCUGAAUUCCGAAAUGGAUCCAUCAUCACUGACAUCUAUAUUCGGUUUGCAUCUACAUCAGCGCCAAAUGACACUGACAUUGCAAAUGUUUUGAUCAAUGCAGCUCCAAACAUAACAGCCUUCAACAUUACCAAUGUUGUUGUCAGUGAUCCAGUUACAGUCACAAAUACAGCGACUCCUACUACCACUACUACUGCAGCAAAUACAACUGCAACGACUCCUACAACCACUACAGCUGUAACAACUACAACUGCUGAGCCAGUAAGAACACUGGCGGUUCAGUUCAGAUCUGUUAAUGGGAUAUUUACAACUGACUUGCUGACUUCAUCAUCCACAGCUUUUCAAAAACGAGCUUCACUGAUAAAGAUAUCACUUGAACCUUUCUACCAGGCAAGAUUUCCUUCAUUCCGCUUCAUCAAUGUGACUGCAUUCAGUAAUGGCUCAAUUAUAAAUGACAUGGACAUUGGAUUUGCAUUGUCACUGGUCCCUAAUGCAAAUCAGAUUGCACAAGUUUUGAUCGAUGCAGCCAAGAUAACACCCUUCGACAUUGAAACCAGUUCUAUUCUUGUGGACGGCACACCGUCACAUGGAGUGAGCCACAAGAUCAGUCUCCUCACUGCAUCCUGUAUGUUGCUGCUGUCAUGGCUCCUGUCAGGCCAGCAAUAACAUCUGCGCUGAUGCUCUUGUGAAAUAACUUGAGGAAAUGCCUCCUGUGACUGGGUAUGAAAAAGACUUUGUUCCAACUGAAAAUCCACGAGGAGCUUCUGAUGAAGAGCAAUCAUACUAUGAUUUAGAACUAAAACUGAAAUGAACCUUUAUGUUAUUAAUCACUAAUGUAAUCAUUAAUCAAUUAUAUGUUAUGUAUUCUAUUAUUGUAUUUAUUCUGUUUGUAUUGUAUUGGAUAAUUAUGGCAAAAAUAUUAGUCAAAGUGAUCCUGAUACAAACAUUUAAAAUUAUUUAAAGAACUAUCAUUAUUAUCUCAAAACAAUAAUAAUCUCAUCUUUUGUUCUGAAGUCUGUUAAACAAAGCUAUUAAACAAACUCUGAUUCUCUUACUUUUUAAA